AACAACUUCUCCUCGCUCUUGGCAGCACUAUCCUUGAGAUGCUCAUAUCAUCUUUCAGCAUGCUAAUCUCACAUCACUGCUUGUUACCCAGGUUCGUCACGGGGGUUGCCUUUGGUGUUCCUCACCUUCCUCCUCUGUUAAUCCCACCUUUUCCCCACGCGACACAAACUUUAUUCCCCCGCCCUCAUACCUCUCCUUUGCGAUAUUUUCCCCCCAAACCAAAUUGCUAGUAUCGUCAAUCCUCUUCUGUCACUGUCCUUAUUGCCAUCUCUUUGCAGUUUGUUCUUUUUUCUCUGCUUUCUUAGCCACGUCAGUCCUCCUCGGAUUACUGUGCGGGCUCGGCACCUCGUCUUAGCCUUUUCCUUUUUUGCCCUACCCCAUCAUUUCGUAUACAAAUCGUACCUCCAUCCUCAUACCUACUCACUGCGAGGCAUACUGGAGGCACGAAUGUCCUCUUAACCCACCCCUUUGCGACUUCUCCACUGCUCAUAUGUUACAAUUAUAACUAGGUGCUACGAUGAAGUUCUCAAAGUCAGUAUCUCCAUGGAUCGGCGAGAGUGCCGUUUGCUCACGUGGCUUUUUCUUACUGACCCUUCUUGUCUGUAAUCAGGUCUCUCGAGGAACUUAUGGUUCCUGAGUGGAGCUCGCAGUAUAUACAAUAUAAGGUUGGGAAGAAGAAAAUCGAGGCUGUUGCAAUUAGUAUAAACCGACUGUCGUCCCGUGCUCCUGCUCGUACGGGCUUCUCGCGAACCCGUGAACGUGCGACAGCCUAUGCGAGAGAUCAUCUCCAUCACCGUUGGCGAGGUUCGCUUGGUCAAGAAGCGCCUAAAACCCCACGACCAUCUUCAGCACCCCAUUCCACUGCCAGCUCAAGUGUCCGCCCACCUCUACCACAUACCCCGCGACCGGUUACGGCUGACAGGCGCUCCAUCCCUCUGGAUACCGUCGAUGUAGGCGACAUCCCCUCGCAUUCCCCGAGGGAUAGGAUGAAAGAUGAUGGAGGGCUAUCGGAUUCGCCUAGGUCCUGGAUAAACACACAUGGUGCUGUAGGCGUCCGUGCGUUGGCGAUGCCGGCACCGCGGUCAGCGGAUUCCCAUUCUUACAGCCAUUCUGAUCGUUAUACCGAUGAUCUCCCCUCAGUUCCGCCUGACCUCAUGCUCCCGGACCCUAUACAACCUCUUCAACCUCUCAUUGAACUUGGCCCUGAGUCCAACAUACCCAGCAAACCCAACCCCUCGGUUCCGCCCUCACGACCAGAAAGUAUCGGAUUAGCUGAGGAUCUCCCCCCUCUUCCAGGUGCUUCAUUCUCACGCGAUCACACAGGAGGCCGUCGACUCUCUAAUAUUACUGCCCGUGCCUUUAGACCCCUGUCGUCAGGCUUUUUGCGACGCUCCGCCAUUGCCAGCCCACGGCCUUUCGUAAACCGCCUGUCCUCCUUUUUUGCCGUGCCGUGGCAAACAACCGACACCUCUACUAUUGAUAUCACCGAGGCCCAGUUGGCAGCCUCUGCUGAAUUCCAGAAGUGGCUACUCAUGGAGUUGAAUAAGAUUGAGAACUUUUACAAACGGAGGGAGUCAGAGGCCAUCGUUAGAUUUGAUGAAAUGAAGGAACAGUUGGCAAUCCUAAGGUUAAGAUGGCUAAAGGCCCACCCUCGGACCCAUGGCGAUCCAGGCGGACUUGAAUUUAUUGAAGAGCGCCUCGAAGAUAAUGUUGUGGAUAAACGUAUGGAUAAACAGUCUUCCGCUUGGAGCUCUACUGGUACCGAGAACUCGUCCAAACGCACCCUUGACCCAUCUGCCCAUCGGAGAAUUGGAUGGAAAACUUCAAUUGUGGCACUGACUGGGCUUAAACCACCCCAGUCUUCAAGUCAGGAAGUGAUGGGGCCGGCAAUCUCUCACAGGAUGGACUCACGGCGUGAUUACGAGCGCCGAGAGCCGAUUAACGAUCCAACUCACCGGCUAGCAAAAUCAAGGCUCAAACGCGCAUUCAUCGAAUAUUAUCGACGUCUUGAGCUCCUGAAAUCCUACGUCUGUGUCAACAAGGAUGCCUUCUGCAAGAUGACCAAAAAAUUCGAUAAGGCUUCCGGUCUACGGACAUCACCCAGGUUCCUCAAUGAACACAUUAACAAGAGCUAUUUUGCUGGAUCAGAGAACAAGCUUGAUGAUUUGAUCAAUGAGACCGAAAUAUUGUUCGCUAGGUUUUUCAUGAAAUCAAAUCGGAAAGAGGCAGCUAUGAGGCUUCGGACACGAGAGAACAAAUCUGCUUAUCACGCAUCUUUUCUUCGAAGUGGCUUCUACCUAGGGUCUUCGCUGGUCAUCUGCGCAUAUGGCUUGUGGCAAGCCAUGCGCCAGCUUAACAGCAGUGCGCCAGAUGUACGCCUGAAAACCGGCUAUUUGUUACAGCUCUGGGGUGGCGUUUCCCUCCUCCUACUUCAAGUCUUCUUGUUUGCAAUCAAUUUAAGGGUUUGGGCAAAACAUAAGAUUAAUUACGCUUUCAUCUUUGAAUUCGAUGCCAAAUAUCAACUAAACCAUCGUCAGUUCUUAGAGAUUCCUUCACUUUUCAUUACAAUUUUUGCGAUAUGUUUUUGGUUCAGCGUUUACGACUUCUGGUCAGGUCAACUUGAUAUGAUACAUUUCCCCAUUAUAUACAUAUCCCUAGCUGCUGCGGUGCUUUUCAACCCAAUAAAACGAUUUUACUUCCGAUCGAGAAAGUUUUUCCUCUUAACAAUGGCAAGAUUACUGUUUUCCGGCUUGAAGCGCGUCGAGUUUAAAGACUUUUGGGUCGCCGAUAUGCUUUGCUCGCAAACUUAUGCGCUUGGGAAUAUCGCAUUAUUUUUCUGUCUUUAUAUGAACAGCUGGAAUGAGCCAGCGAACUGCAAUUCUUCGCACUCCCGCCUGAUGGGCUUUUUUUCGGCUUUGCCAGCUGCAUGGCGUUUUCUUCAAUGCCUUCGUCGCUAUCGUGACUCUGGGCAGGUAUUCCCGCAGCUGGCGAAUUGUGGUAAAUAUGCUUGCACUGUUCUCCACUAUGUGAUGCUCAGCCUCUGGCGCAUGGACGACAAAAACUCAGGCCUCAAAGCCGGCUUCAUUGCCGUCGCUUCCAUAAAUUCCUUCUAUACAAUAUUCUGGGACAUUGUCAUGGAUUGGUCACUUCUCAACCCGUACGCCAGUUGGCCAUUUGUCCGUGAUGCUGUUGGCUUCAAAAAUCGUUGGGUCUACUACUUCGCGAUGUUGGCUGAUCCCAUACUACGGUUCAGUUGGGUUUUUUAUAUCAUCUAUGCCAACGGCAUCCAGUACCCGGCACUACUGAGUUUUGUCCUAGGUGCUUUAGAAGUAAUUCGCCGCUUUAUCUGGUGCUUUUUUCGCAUGGAAAAUGAGCACGUCGGAAAUGUGGGUGCAAACCGAGCUUAUCGUGACCCUCGUCUCCCGUACCGUUUCUCUACCCCCGAGCAACCUUGCUUAUCGUUCCCAACUCCUGAGGAUUCAGCCACUCCCCUCCUCAUCACCACUUCUGUUCCAACAGUGGAUGUCGAGAGGUGUGCAGUGAGAAGACGUCAUAGGAGCCGCAGGCGCUCCGGCACCAAGGUCUCUCCUGCCAUGCAGGCGCUAGAACGACUCGGCAGGACCAUGACGACUGCACAUAUGAAGGAUUACGAGCGGAAGCACGGUAUGGCGGAGAGUGAGGACGAGGACGAGGAUCUCCGUGCCAGCAGUGAUGAGGACGAUGGAGAAGAUUUCUAUGAAAUGACCGCUGGUACUGAAGGUUAUCCGUCGAAAACAACGGGCUUGCAUUAAUUAGUCCCGCCAACCUCUGCUAUCUCGUAUUUUCCCUUUUUCUCACCCCCUUUCCCCCCACUCUGUUUAUAAGCCCCAGUCUUUCCCUGCCAGUUCCUCCCUCAUUUCCUACAUGGUAUUAAAUGGUGAUGUUCCCUCAUGUUUCCCGUCAACUUCAUUUUCCUUUCUUCUGUCAUAGCAUUAAUAGGGCUACUGGAGGUGCAUGGUGUAUCCUUGUUUAAGCAGCCUGGCCAUGGGCGGUAGAGGUGUUUAUACUCCUUUUCUUUAUAUUUCUAUCACUUCGUUUACUCCUUAACUUUCUUACACAACAUUGCAUGUUACGGUCAGGUUCUAUAGUUAUCCUUAUGCA